AUGUCUUCCCCUAGCGCAAUUCGCGAUGUCAACAUCACCUCCGCCUUUUGGACAUCGAUGCAGUCCCGUUCUCGCCUUCUCACAAUCCCAGCAAUCAUCCACGCCCAGAAAUCGCUGGGCCAUUGGUACUGCCUAACAUGGAAGGAAGGCCACAAGACCAAACCGCACGCCUUCUGGGACUCGGACAUCUACAAAGUCACCGAAGCCGCAUGCUACUUCCUUUUGAAGGAGCAUCCAGAAGGAAAAGAUGAUCUCAUCCUGCGCCAAGAAGUCGAGCACGCUGUUGACAUGAUUCGCGCUGCGCAGCAUGAAGACGGCUAUCUCAAUUCGUACUAUACAGUUAGAGGGGUGCAUAAGCGGUGGACGAAUGUGAGGGAUAUGCAUGAAUUGUACUGCCUGGGCCAUCUGAUAGAAGCCUGCGUCGCGUAUGAGACCUUGACAAAUAGCGGACGACUUUUGGAACCAGUCAUGAAAGCAUUGAAACAUGUUGAUUCGGUCUUUGGUCCUGAAGACGGCAAACUCCAUGGCUACCCCGGCCAUCCAGAGAUUGAACUGGGCUUGUUGAGACUCUACGAGCUCACCAAAGAACCCUUACCUCUGAAGCUAGCCAAGUAUUUUAUUUUGGAGCGCGGCCAGAGGGAUGCAAAUGGCGAGAUAUUCUAUGACCACGAAGCGAGAGCUCGAGGGGGUGAUCCGUACGAUGCGAUGGGCUCCGAAAUGCCCAAUCCUUACACACACCCCAGAGAUUAUGCGUACCAGCAGGCACAUGCACCCCUUGUUGAACAGGAUGAGAUCAAAGGCCAUUCCGUGCGCGCCAUGUAUUUUGUCACAGCCGCCACGGAAUACGUGCGCUUGACCGGUGAUAUCCAAGUCAAAGAAGCCCUAGACCGUCUAUGGCGGAACACAGUUGACAAAAAACUCUACAUCACCGGUGCGCUCGGCGCGAUGCGGCAAUCAGAAGGCUUUGGACCAGACUAUUUCCUCGGAGACACCGAAGAAAGCCACGGCUGUUACGCCGAGACAUGCGCUACUUUUGCCCUGAUCGUAUGGUGCUCCAAGCUAUUACGCCAGGAACUCAAGGGCGAGUACGGGGAUGUCAUGGAAAUUGCCCUGUACAAUGGCUUCCUCGGUGCUGUCGGCCUGGAUGGCAAAUCAUUCUACUACCAGAACCCGUUAAGAACAUUCACCGGCCACAAGAAGGAGCGCAGUACCUGGUUCGAAGUCGCAUGCUGUCCACCGAAUGUGGCAAAGCUGCUGGGACAGCUCGAGUCGCUGAUCUAUUCCUCCUACGAGCAAGAAUCUUUGGUGGCUGUCCAUCUUUGGAUUGCCAGCGAGUUCUCCGUACCGGAAAGUGGAGGAACGUUGGUCUCGCAAACAACGAAUUUACCUUGGUCUGGCGAUAUUCAACUCACCGUUCGAGGGCCGAAGGCCCUGAAGCUUGCCCUAAGAAUUCCCGACUGGGCGGCUUCAAAUUACUCCUGCUCAUUGUCCGGCGGCGAAGUCAAAGAUGGAUACCUCUACCUCGCCGCGGUGGCCAAUACAACCAUCAGCCUGAACUUCCCUCUACAACCACGCAAAGUAUACGCAAAUCCGAAAACGGGCAAGGAUGAGAUCUGUAUCAUGCGCGGGCCCCUGGUCUACUGCAUUGAAGAUGUUGACAAUCCUGGCGUUGAUAUCGAUCAUAUUGCCCUGAUAGCGGACGAUAUUGUGGCUGACGCUCCAGCUGCUACCAUUGCUUCUGUGGAGGAUGUGGUGAGGGUGCAUUCGCCCGGUAAGGAAAUAGUAAAUGCCAAUUGGUCUUCCCUGUAUGGCUCUGAAGAAUGGAAGUAUGGUGACUCGACUAAGCAGUUGACCUUUGUUCCGUAUUUCUUGCGGAUGAAUAGGGGUGGAAACGGUGGGAUGAGGGUUUGGGUGAAAAGGAUACAAUGUUGA